AUGUGCCAUGAUAAAUCUGUCAAAGGUUUUGCACAGUUGAAGUUCACGGGAUCGGUGUUUGAAACAACAUCAAUCUUCAUCUACACUAGUUCUCUCAACAUUAUCAAUAUCUUUGUAGCAGACUACAAGGAUGAUGACAGUAGGACUCCUCAAAGAAAUGAGCUAAACAUUGACAAGGCCAAAGGCCAAUUCUGUGCGGCGGCCACUGCACUGACUCAGAAUGAACUGCAGUGUAUUAUUUUAAAUUACAGAGGGGUAGUUGGAGAGCGGGAAUUUUCUCCAGCUGCCAAAGCUGUCGACUGUGCGCUACGGAAACAGGAGGCGAGCAUAGCUAGACACAAUGGUGGGGAAAAUGAUGAUGACUCUGACCAGAACUGGAAACCACCAGAAAAUGACCUGAUCCAGAAGUUAAUAGCACAGAUUGAAUAUUACUUCUCAGAUGAGAACCUUGAGAAAGAUGCCUUCCUUCUAAAGCAUGUGAGAAGAAAUAAGAUGGGCUAUGUCAGUGUUAAACUCCUUACUUCUUUUAAGAAGGUGAAACACCUUACCCGUGACUGGAGGACCACAGCCUAUGCACUGAAGUACUCAGACACUCUUGAGCUCAAUGACGAUAACAGAAAGGUUAGAAGAAAUACUCCAGUUCCAGUGUUUCCAAGUGAAAACCUCCCUACCAGGAUGUUACUGGUGUAUGAUAUCCACAUGAUUUCUGAGCUGCAGGCUCUUAACAAACAACAAGAAAACGGAUGCAUGCAAGAAAGGAUAAUGGAGCAUCUCCUCAAAACCUUUGUAACUUUUGGUGUAAUUUCAUCAGUUCGUAUUCUCAAGCCUGGUAGGGAUCUACCACCUGAUAUCAGGAGGGUCAGCAAUCGGUACACCCAACUGGCAACUCAGGAAUGUGCUAUUAUAGAAUUUGAAGAAGUAGAUGCUGCCGUGCGUGCUCAUGACUUCAUGUGUGCUGAAAAGAAAGAGACCAGCAUGAAAGUUGUCCUAAUAGGCAUGAAACCUCCAAAGAAAAAAGUUCCCAAAGACAAGAACCAAGAUGACGAUACCAGCAAGAGUCUUAAGAAGGCUAGAUCCCUUAAUAAGAGAGUUGAGGAACUUCAGUUUGUUGGUGACGAAUCGUCAGCAAAUAGCUCUUCUGACCCAGAGAGUAAUCCUACAUCACCGUUGUCAGGACGCAAAAGUACUGCAACAAAUACUAAGAGUAAUUUGAGCCCCAUCAUCCACUCAAACAACCAUUUGAGUCCUAAUGUGUCACCCAGAUCAAGUCCUUGGAAUAGUCCAUCUUCACUGAGAAAAGUAACCAGAAAGUCUCCGCUGGCUGAAGACAGCAAGCUUAACCCAAGCAGUAGUCCUGAAAUUCCACAGAAAUGUACAGAUUAUUCCUCAGAUAGCAGUAUCACUCCUUGUGGUAGCCCCUGGGUACAGAGAAGAAAAUCUCAAACCGUAACACAAGAGAAGAGUCCCGGCAGUAGCCCCAUGUUGGCUCGGAAAAUACAAAAUGCAGAUGGUCUACCUGUAGGGGUGCUGCGGCUGCCUAAAGGUCCUGAUGGCACUAAAGGAUUCCACAAUGGAUGUGAAAGAAGGAAGGCUAUGAAGAAUGAAUCAAUCAUUCUUUAAAAACAAAUCUCACAAGUCAGUCAACUGCUUUUGCUCAAGCCUGGUGAGAAAUUGUCACUUGAGUGACUGAGUUAAUUCAGUAUUUAAUUUUAAAAGAUUUUUUUAUUCAUAUAGGGACUUUAUCAUUUGUAUAUUUGUAUAUUCAUUCCACAAAAUCACAGAACAGUUGAGGUUGGAAGGCAUCGCUGGAGAUUGUCCAGUCCACCUCCUUUGC